AUGGCGCUCCGGCUGCGCAAGGAUGUUCAGAAGGCGUCCUACUACGUCUGGUUCCUGGGCGCUCAGGAGGCGAAGGCACUCCGCGGCUCCCGGACCCUCCUGCCCAUGAUACCGCGCAUGGUGGAGAAGUCCAAGGAGCAGGAACCGCUCAAGGUCACGCUGCAGGUUUCGCACAAGGGAUUGAAAAUCGUACAGGGCUCGGCUAAACACUUUAUCCCGCACGGAGCCAUCACGUGCUCGGUGCAGACGGAGGAUAUCGUCGCCUGCACGCUGCUGCUGUACAAUCCGGCCACCAAGUGUCCGCUGCACGUGCACGCCUACCGGUGCGACUCGGAGCUGACUGCCCAGGCGCUGCACGAUCAGCUGCAGGUGCUGAUCAGCCGACCGGAAAAUCAAAAGAGAUUCACCGAGCUGGAAGCGCGGCUCGGUUUGGCCGCCCAGCUCACCGGCGGCAUCGGUGGGGUGGGGGAGCGUGCUCGCCCGACCGCCAUUCCCGACCCUUCGUCCCGCCAGCGCAUGCCCCGGCGGUUCGAGUCGCCCCGCCGCUUCCCGGACUCGUCGCACGGCAGCGACACCGGCACCGCCAGUACCCGCGAGUCCGAGUGCUCCGAGGACCAGCAGCAGCACUCCCCGACCGGCCCCGUGUCGCCCCUCAUCAGCCAGUCGAAGCUGUACGAUUCGCUGGCGGCGGAACUGCGCGAAAAGCUGAGCGGCGGCGUUCCGCUUCUGCUGCCGACGAAGGACUACGCGGCGCAGGGUGAGAAGCAUUCCCCGUCGGCCGGUGUCCAGGCCGGGGGUGACGUGGCGGCCAGGCGCGGGUUCCGGAGUGGUGGUGGAGGUUGUCUGACCGGAACCAGCACGCCCUCUACCGGGGGCAAUCAGAAGCACGGUGUGUCAUCCCGCGGCUCAUCCGGCAUCGGAUCCGACCUGGCCCCCAGCCCGGAGCGUCACGAACCGCAGAGUUCCAGUGAGGACGAAUGGGUGAAUGACCAAGAGCCGGUCCUGAACGGUUCGCCACAUGCCCGCUCCGGCGGCCGUCCGAUGGAGCGUUACCUGCACGACGAUCAGCCGGCGCCGCGUAUGGCCAGCAAGUACCGGGACCAGCCACCGGCCGCGGGUCCCCCGACGACCUAUCUGUACCCGAACGUGCGCGAAGAGCCGGUCCGUGUGCGUCAUCAGCGGUCCUCAAGCCGAGAGGAGGACCGCAGCCUGCAGGGGUCGGUGAAUUCGCGCGAGGAAGAGGUCAAACCGAUCAUCACCAACCACACGCCCCGGUACCGGAAUGCGUUCAAGGCGGCUGGCGGCGAUGGGUACGGGGUGGAGGAGACCCGCAAGAAGAAGCUUACCAUCGAGGACAAGUAUGGGGACGAGCGGCGUGAUGGUUUGGUACGGCGAGGUGCCGGUCGUUAUCCGAUGGAAGGGGAUGACCGUGUGGAUGGCGGUGAGCUGGAGUUCGAGUACGGGAAGCCGCACGGUGGCCGUUACUUCGAGGACGAGUACGAACGGGACCGAUACCGGGAGAAUCUUACCGAUCGGCAGAAGUACCGGGAGAUCGUGACCGAUGGCGGCAAGUACCACCGAGCGGUGGAGUACGAUCGACGAGCCGGGCCCGGUGGUUACGUGGACCGGGUGGACUAUCCGCGGGAGUACUCGCCGGAGCGUGUGCCGGGACGCGCGGGAAAAUACGGCGGUGCCCCAGACCAUCACUUUGCGGAGCGGCAGGAUUUCAAGGUCGAACGGGAAGGCUACCAUCGAGCUCCGGCCAACCGAUCGCCUCCGAUGCUCAAACCCGACCGGAGUCGGUACUCGCAUGAACCGGAGGUGGCGCACGAUGUCGGCGAACGUCGGCCGGUGGAUCGACACAGUGGCCCCGAGGGGUACCGUGACGAGGGACGCUACCGGGCGUCGCACGAGGAACCACCGAAGCGUCCUGCCAAGCACGCGGACAAGUACGACGAACGUUGGCGACACGGCGAACUCGCCGGUCCGGAGCGGUACGCUGACACCGAGACCUCAACGUCUGCCUCCGGUCGACGCUACCACCGGGAGGAACCGAAGCCCCAGCCGGCCCCAGUCGAGCCGCGCAAAAAGUCCGUCGAGAUACGCACCAGCUCGCCGGAAUCCACCAUGCAUCGCAUCUCGCCGAAGGAUCGCUUCCAGACGGCGAAGGAGAAGUUCCAGCAGAUGGAACGCGAGCGCCACGAGCAGGAGCGGCUGGAGCAGGAGCGCCUGGAGCGGGAACGAAUGCUGCACAGCAAGCGUGCGGUCGAGCAUGCACCGAUCCCGGGACGUCGAGGUUCGCUCGAACCGGCCGCCGUCAGCUCACACGAAAGCAAUGGCUGGAGCUCGGAGGAGGACGAGUUGCCACCGCGGGGACACGGAUCGCGCUCGAACGGUAGCGUCGGAGGGGUGCCGACCAUGGGCCACGGAUAUCGGGAGCUGACGCCGGAGGAACGCUAUCCGGGGCUCGACCGAGAACCAUCCACCGGUCGGCGCAUGAUGCCGGCCAAGAGCCUGACCAACCUGGUCAAGGGCUACAGGCAUAGUUACGCCGAACCAAGACCACCGCCCGUCUCACGCAGCAGCGGCCGUGUCGGACUGGCUGCCGUCAAUCCGUACUGA